AUGAACAAGAUAGUGUUCAAACAUUUUUCAUCGGGGCCAGCGUCUAUAAAAAUUGCUGGCAACUUCACAAAAUGGGAGAUUAAAGAAAUGGAUUUCAACGACCAGGAAGAACAAUGGGAAUUUGAUAUUGACCAGGAAGCACUGAGGGGCUGUCCCGAUCACAACGGGAAGGCAGUAGCAUAUUUCAAAUUUGUCGAUGGCAACGGCGUAUGGUUCACAGACAACAAUUUCGCGAAGGAAAUUGACGGGCAGGGCAACGAAAACAACGCCAUGUAUCUGUCCUUCAGGCCCGAAAACGACUCUUCUUUGAAAGCACAGCAAAAACAACAGCAGCAGCAGGAAGAACGAGACCGAAAAUUCGAAGAGAAGGAAAGAGAAGAGGAAGCAAAACUUCCCGAAAGUCCCAAUUCGACGCCUAAGGUGCCAUUGGCGACAAAAGCUCCCCGCAUUGAAACUCCUUCUCUCACGGCCCAACGCGAAGAGUCACCUGUUUUGAUUAACGAGUCAGAUUUUGAUGAGCAGUAUCACGAAACCGAGGAUCAGGAUCACAAAGCUGUGGUCAGGAGCGAGCUAAACACUCCUGAACUAGAGGCCUCUUCAAACAACGAUCCCAAACAGUACAAGAAUUUCCUGCAAAGUAUGAUUUUCUUUUUUCGCAGCCUAUUUUACAGAUGGUUUAGCAUGGACAGAAAACCACAGUGA